AAAACAAUGGAAAACAGUGAUAGAGUACCUCUAGUAUGUGUCCAAAAACCAUCGACCAGUAGUCAAAAAUACGGUAGUAUACAAAAAAUAGACGAAACAACUUCUCGGAGAUCCAUAUCGUGGCAUAAUAUUACGGUAACAACAAAGCAAACAUCGUUUGUCAAACAUUUGAAACGGUUUAGCAAACAAAGUGAAGAAAUACUUAAUGAUGUAUCCGGUGAAGCAGAAAGUGGAAAAUUAUUGGCUAUUAUGGCAUCAAGUGGCGCCGGUAAGACCACUUUAAUGAACGUAUUGGCUCAGCGAAACAUAUCGCAUUUAAAUCUAGAAGGCACCGUCAAAUUGAAUGGACAACCAGUCGACAAGGACGCCAUACGUGCCGUAUCGGCUUAUGUACAACAGGACGACCUUUUUAUUAGUACACUGACAGUCAGAGAGCACCUGUUGUUUCAGUCGAAACUACGGAUGGAUCCAUCAUUAAACAGAAAGGAACGUAAAGCCAGAGUCGACAAAAUAUUAUUAGAUUUAGGUCUAACAGGUUGUGCCAACGCUUAUAUUGAUGACCCGGGUAAAGGUAUUUCAGGAGGACAGAGGAAGCGCCUAUCGUUUGCAUCAGAAUUAUUAACUGAUCCGGCGAUCAUGUUUUGUGAUGAACCGACCUCCGGAUUGGACUCGUUUAUGGCGCUCAAUGUUGUCCAAGUGCUCCGCAAUAUGGCUGAAUCAGAUCGGACAGUCAUCUGUACGAUACAUCAGCCAUCGUCUGAAGUGUUCGCCUUAUUCAGUCAUUUGUUACUUAUGGCCGAUAAAAGGGUAGCCUAUUUAGGGGAAGCCGGUGAGGCAAAGGAGUUUUUCUCGACUUUUGGAUACAGCAGUCCUAAUAACUACAAUCCCAGCGAUUUUUAUAUCAAACAAUUGUCUGUAGAUCCCAACAAAAAAGAUGAAUCUAUUGGACGCAUAAAUCUUAUAUGCGAUGGUUAUCGUCAAAAAUGUGAUGAGAAACAGUAUGAGCCGAAUACUAGUAAAACCAAUACUGCCAGCACCUCAACCCAGUGCUUACCGGUAAAUCAUAAUAAUGGUCGCGUCUAUCGGAGCGGUUGGUGCACACAGUUUCGGGUACUAUUUUGCCGAUCGUUUCGUACGACAUAUCGUGAUCCCGAGUUUCCAUAUGUUUCCAUAUUCUUAAUUUUGAUGACAUUUAUAACAAUUAUUAUAGCUAUAUUGAUGGGACUUAUCUAUUUUCAAUUAGAUCUAAACCAAAAGGGUAUCCCCAAUAUUAAUGGCGCCCUAUGGAUGCUAUUGAUGUAUUUAAGUUUACAAAGUUUGUUUGGUUCAGUAAAUACAUUUUGUAAGGAGGUGCCCAUAUUUCAUAGGGAACACAGUAAUAAUGUAUAUCGGGUUAGUCCAUAUUUUCUAACCAAAAUGUUGGCAGAGUUGCCUAUUUAUGUGAUAAUACCAUCGAUUUUUGUGCUGACCAUUUACUUUAUGGUCGGCCUAAACAACAAUAUCUAUCGUUUACUGAUAUGUAUCUGUAUAUGCAUUUUGAUAGCCAAUGUUGCCAGCAGUUUCGGAUAUCUAAUGGCACUGUUAACUUACAACAUAAGUUCAGCACUGAUGCUAUCGACACCAUUACUUAUACCACUACUGACUUUUGGUGGUCUAUUCAAUAAUAUCGAGUCAAUUCCAUCGUAUCUAAUUUGGAUAAAAUAUAUUUCAUGGUUUUAUUAUGGAUACGAAUCACUGGUUAUAAACCAAUGGGAUGGCGUCGACAAUAUUGAUUACAGUGACCAGUUGUGCGAGUGUUCCCGACUCCUGUCGGGAGACCAAGUGAUCCAAUCGAUGGACUUCAGUGUUGACCACUUUUGGCGAAACAUCGGUAUAAUGUUUGCACUGACCGUUUGUCUCCGAGUUAUGACUUAUUUGCUAUUAUUAUAUAAAUCGCUCGACGAUGGGUUGAUUGUUGAAUUGAAAGCAAAAUUUAAGGCCAUAAUUACCGUAUGUAAGCGUCAUUAG